GGGGAAAGAAGUAACCCCCCUUUAGCCGUACGCGUGGGCGUUGUGCAGAAUUCGGCCGUUGAUCAGCGAUAAAUCCGAAAACAGAAUGAUGGAAAUCGUUGCGGGGUAAAGUCAGAGCCAACGAUUUGUUUACCUUUCCGUCAUCUAUUCCACAUUGCAAUCAUGGCAAAGUCAAUCGUCGCCGCUCUACAGAUAGGGCCGGACCCAAAAGGGAAAGCAGCAACUGUUCAAAACAUUCUUUCGUUCGAAGAACAGAUUACGAAAUCAGGAGCAAAGCUUGUAGUGAUGCCGGAAGCUUUACUUGGUGGUUAUCCAAAAGGCGAAGGAUUUGGAACACGACUUGGCUAUCGAACACAAGAAGGACGUAAUGCAUUUGCGGAGUAUUUCAAUAAUGCGAUCGAUUUAGAUGGGCCAGAAUUGAUCGAAUUGACCGGUUUGAGUACAUGUACUUCUGCGACGUUGGUACUUGGCAUAAUCGAACGUGCAGGAUCAUCUUUAUUUUGCACGGCAAUCUUCAUUGAACCAAAGCAAGGCGUUGUAGCAAAACAUCGCAAGCUAAUGCCAACCGGAUCAGAGCGUUUGAUUUGGUCACAAGGAGAUGGUUCAACUAUGCCAGUGAUCGAAAGUCAAGCAGGCAAGAUUGGUGCGGCAAUUUGCUGGGGAAAUCAUAUGCCGCUGUUCCGUACUGCAAUGUAUGGCAAGGGGUUGGAGAUAUGGUGCGCUCCUACAGUUGAUGAGCGUGAAAUCUGGCAAAGUACAAUGAGACAUAUAGCACAUGAAGGUCGUUGUUUCGUCAUCAGCGCUUGCCAAGUACAGCCUUCUCCUAACAGCCUCGGUCGUACUGUAGAGAACUGGGAUGGGGAACGACCAUUAAUUGCGGGAGGAAGUGUAAUCAUUGGACCUUUAGGAGAUAUUCUGGCCGGACCUCUAAAGAACGACACCGGUCUCAUUUUUACCGAAAUCGAUACAGCUGAUAUAGUAGGAGCAAGGUACGAUUUCGACGUUGUUGGACAUUAUUCCAGGCCAGACGUAUUCAAACUUUCGGUGAAUGAUAGAGCAUGCUCGGCUGUAGAGUAUUCUGCAACGCAAUAAAUAAUUCUUCUGACGAUGUAAAGUAUGACAUGAUUUAAUAUGGACUGAUGGUUGAUCUUAUGA